CUCGGCCCACACAGCCUAUAGGAUAUACCCUCUCGGCUGUUCCUGAAGAGAUUCUACCAACAUGUUGCUGUUCAUCGCUUUGUUGCUUCACGUCUUCUCCGGUGUUGUUGCUUAUGAUGUCUGUGAAAUAUUUGACCCCCCUAUUGAUUACAACCAACACCGGUAUUAUCAAUCCUCCUUCUACUACAAAGACGCGGAACAAGCUGAAAAAGUAUGUUCGUCUUGUGGCUGGUACCUGGCAGAAAUCAACAACGAAGCUGAAUUCAGGUUUGUGCAGACCCUGGCCAGGAGUGCAAAAACCGAAGGUCUGCUGCUAUCUGGAAAUGACGUGAACAUGGAGGGCUAUUGGGUGUUUCAGACCAGUAAGCAACCUGUCACAUUUUUUGACUGGUAUGGUGGAGGACCGGACAACUACCAAGGUCGUGAAGAUUACCUAACCAUUCAUUCAGAUUUCGGCUACCAAAUGAAUGAUGUGUUUUUUGAACCGACCAGAAAUUAUAAGUUCUUGUGUGAAGUAGAUAGGUAGGAAUAUGUGUUUGACCUAUGAAAUAUGACUUGGUGUCAAUCAAUAAAAGUUCAAAUUAAACAUUGAUUAUAAAGCUUCCAGAACUGUU